ACAACAUGUCUCCGACAGUGGCUGUGUUGGCGAUGAUAUUACAUUUAAACGGCUGGCUCUUCGAGAAGAGCCUUGAAUCCGUGUAUUUGCGUGUUUCAUGCACUGAAAGAGCUACUGUGUUGUCACCGAGAAGCGGACGUGAGCUAUCCACAGGACCUCCUUCCGAAAUUCGAGCAUCAGCCCACAUCGAAUAAUCCUACAUCAACCAGGUCAGACGGUCGAUCCCCCCUACCCCUCAAACUGCGAACGAUACCAUGGCCACUCAUGACAACCAGGCGACACAUAAAAUGUUCAACGACGCAAACUUCACGAAGGGCUAUGCGGAGAGCGCAGAAAAGAUGACCGGGCACUUUGCCGGCCUGCUCAUCAAACAAUCAAAGCUGGAGGAAGCGCCCGACGACAAAGACUUGAUCGUGCUCGAUCAGGCCUGUGGAACCGGUAUUGUCUCGGAGCACCUGGUAAAAGCGUUGAACAAGAAGCAAAAGGACAACCUGGACCUCACUUGCGCAGAUUUCUCGGACUCUAUGAUCGACUUUGUCAGUCCACGGAUCCGUCAUCUGGAGGUGAAAAGUGCCCAGGCCAUCAAAGCAGACGCCAUGGACACCCAACUGCCGAGCAACAAAUUCACGCAUGUCCUUCUCAACUUUGGACCCAUGAUCUUCUCAGAUUGGAAGGUCGGCAUGGCCGAAACCCACCGCAUUCUGCAGCCGGGGGGCACUUUGGGCAUGUCCUCAUGGAUGAAAAUGGGCUGGCCCGACGACGUGAGAAACGCCUUUGCCACGGAUCCAGAGAUCCCCCCGCUGCCGUCAAUGGAAGAACUCUGCGCCUUGGUCAACUCAGGCGGGGGUUGGAGUGACGUGGCCUGGAUUAGAGACAGCGUUACACAGUCUGGUUUCGUUGAGGUGGAUGUGCGAGAGGUCUCCCAUACCAGCAUAUUGAGUGGCGUCGAUCAGUUCACCCGCAUGAUGACUGGAAUGGUGGGUCUGGUGCAGCAAAGGACAUGGACCGCGGAGCAACGGGAGAGAUACAAAGAUAGGGCGAUGAACGCUGUGGUGUCCUAUAUGAAGCAAAAGUACGGCGACGGCGAGAUCAGGUGGGACUGGGUCGCGAUUCUGACCACGGCUAAAAAGGCUUGA